AUGCCUCUGCUCAACUUCCACCUGCUACGUCUGAAGGAUGACAUCCAACCCCACACCUUCCUCACUCACCUUCAAAAAGCCGACCCUUCCAUCAAAGUAAUAGUCGCAUCGAAACCACGCCACUUCGUCGUCAAGACCACCACUCAAGAUGCUGAGAUCCUGAACGAACCAUGGGACUUGAUGCUGCUUCUCCAAGGUCCCAAUACUGCACUCCCAGACUCCAUUCUCCAGCACAUCUCUUCCAAAUACACUCUACCUGUGGGCAUACCAUCCAAGCUAUUAUCCGCAUACCCCGAAAAGAAUGCCAGACUCAUCAAAGAGGCUUCCUCGGCUGGCCUCACAGGAUCCCUGGACAACCCCAAAAUGCCUGAUUCGAGUCAGAAACUGGAGCUGUCGCCCGAGUUGUUGAAGUUCAUGGAGCAGUUGCUCAAAGAACACGACGGUCCUGUUACCAUGCUGAAUCUACUCAAGUUCAAGCCCAACGGCAAGCAAAGUUACUAUCAAUACGGACAGCAUUUCAUCGAAGUGGCCAAGAAACGAGGCGGAGAUGCAAAGAUUGUGGGAAAUGUUGUUGCUGCCGAUGGCGACAAGGGUGGAUGGGAUGAGAUUGCCAUUGUGCAUUAUGCUAGCAUCAAGCAUUUCUGCGACAUGUUGGCUGGUGAGGAUUACCAGGCUAUCAAUGAGAAAUUCAGACUUCCGGUGAGUGUUUGA